AUGAAGGACACCAACGACUUGCCCCCCAACUACUUCAGCUUCAAUAGCCAACCUCUCGACUACAUCAUCACUAGUCUUGGGCAUGAAAUUAUGUUGAAGACAGAGUAUCCAAGCUCUUCGUUGAUCAGAUAUGAGAUCAAAAUAUUAAAGAGUAGGAACAAAGUCGUAAAGAAGCGCGUUAGACGUGCUGUAACGCAGCACUCUCUGAUGGACAUGAUACAUGACGCCAUCCGUCUAGGGGUGAUUUCGCAUGCUGAAAUGACAGCUCAGCUCCUUGGGAAUUUCUAUAUCGGCAGCACAACGGAUGAUGCUAUGCGCAAAUACUUGGACACGCUCGGUUCCGCUAGUCAGUCAAAUAACAUCGCGCUGUCGAAUGAGACGUCAAGAAAAGUUGGUAUCGGGCCUGAAAUUUGCAUUCUGUUGAAGUUUAAGGAGUUUUAG